UUGAGACUUCUGACGGUGCGACUGCGACCUCGGCUGUGUUUUGUGUGAUUCAGUUUCUGUCAUUUUUGCAGCUGUAAGAAACCUGCCUUGAAGUCAUUGCCUUCGGGUGACGUACUCCGGUUUCCCUCAUCUCCGUUUUUAUUUUAUUUUGGCAGACAAUGGAUUGGCUUUUUGGUUCCAAGCCAACUUUGAAAGAGCAGCAAAGGGAGAAUGACCGUUCUCUGCGGAAAGCAAAUCGAGACAUGGACCGAGAGAGAAGACAUUUGGAAAUGGAAGAGAAAAAACUGGAACAGGAAAUUAAGAAGAUGGCGAAAGAAGGUAACAGGGAUGGAUGUGCUAUCCUUGCUAAACAGUUAGUAAAUUUAAGGAAACAGAAAAGCCGCACCUUAGCUGCCAGUGGUAAAAUUCAAAGUGUUGGAUACCAUAAUAAGGCUAUGGGUGCAAAUGUCAAGUUAGCAGAUGCAAUGGGUACCACAGCAAAGACAAUGUCCACUAUUAAUAACAUCAUGAAGCCAGAAAAAAUUGCUGCUGACAUGCGAGCCUUUGGUGAGGCCUCAAUGAAGAUGAGUAUGACUGAUGAAAUGAUUAACGACACCUUAGAUGACAUCAUGGCUGGAUCCGAUGAGGAGGAGGAAACUGAUCAGGUUGUGCAGCAGGUACUAGAUGAGAUAGGCAUUGAGAUUUCUGGGAAAAUGGCCAGAGCUCCUGCCACCCAUGAUACCAUUGGGGUAUCAUCCAAGUCCAAGCUGCCCACUGAUGAUGAAAUUGAGGCCCAGCUAGCCAAGCUCAGAGCCUGAUUUUGCCACUCAUCACCUCUAUGUGUAGUUAAAUUUAAAUCAAAAUAGUCACCUUUAAUAAAAUGGAUUUUGAUUUCAAGUUUCUGUCAAUAUUCUGGGAGUGAGAUGUCAUACUCCUCCAUGGAUUCAGGAGGGUUGCUUAUUUUUUAUUUUGUAAAAUAAUUUAUGGUUAUUUUGUGCUUUUGUGUAGUAUUAAUUCUGAACCUGCGUUGUUGGGUCAGAAACCCCCCUGGGGUUUUCUUCGUAUGAUGGAGUAACAUCCCAUUUUAUUUUUACAUGUUUACGUCCCUUUGUUUUAUUUUCUAUAAGCACUGAAUUUUGAUCAGUCUUAUGUGCCCCCAAUUCUCCAGCUUGUUACAGUGGUCCAUUUCUUUAACAUAGCACAUUUGCCUAUUUUUUUAUGUGCUUGAUUUGCUGUCAGUGAAAACGUUCUGUGUGAUUAUCUCCAGAUAAUGUGGUUUCUGAGAAGCCACAUUUUCAAUCAAAUUUUUAUGUUGAAAUCAAGCAGCUCAACCAUAAGACUAUUUGGAAAAUGUUAAAUAUAAGCCAGUUUAAGGAGAAAGAGUGGCUCUUUUGUGAUAUAAUAAGGCUAGUCUUUUACUUGGAAAGAUUGUAACUUGACGCACAAUUACUAAGCUAAUUUUAAUUUUGUAUACGUUUCCAGAUCUAGUUUCUAUCUUUAGUUCUUCAUGAGAGGAUUUGAAUUUGCAAUACAAUAUUUUUGCUUUAAA